UUCCAGCGUCCCCAGGAGCAGUACCCCCCGCUGAAGUUCGGGACGGUGCCCAACGGCAGCACGGAGAAGAACAUCCGCAGCAACUACCCGGCCAUGCACAGCUACAUGGUCAGAUACAACCAGAGGGGCGUGGAGGACGCCCUGCACCACCUCAAAACGGGGAAGCUGGACGCCUUCAUCUACGACGCGGCCGUGCUGAACUACAUGGCCCGCAAGGAGGAGGGCUGCAAGCUCGUCACCAUCGGCUCGGGGAAGGUCUUCGCCUCCACCGGCUACGGCAUCGCCCUGCAGAGGGGAUCCCGCUGGAAACGCCCCGUCGACCUCGCCCUGCUCCAGCUCCUGGGGGACGGUGG